AUGGGUGGAAGCUGCGUCCAAGAUCUCAUCAUCUCCCCAGAACAGCGUCGCAACCAGGAUCUGCUCCUCUCCUAUGGAUUGAGAAGUCUCAGUGCACUGUUUCUUAAACUCAAGUAUCCUUACUAUAACAGCGAGAUCUCUGUAGUCCGAAGCCCAAAAACGGGAUGGGCAAUACGCCUUCGUCUUGUGGAGAAUCUCCGGCUUACCCCCAGUAUUUUCACGUGCAAGACCCUUGUGGUUUUGAAAUUGAGCGGAUUACUCGUAGACAGUGUUUCUUCGGUUGAUCUUCCCUUGCUUAAAACCCUUCAUUUGAUGGAGGUUUUCUUCAAAAAGAGGAAGGAUUUGAUGAUGCUUCUUUCUGGAUGUCCUCUUCUUGAGGAUUUGAAUGCUCCCACAGUUAGCCAUUUACAAAAUGACUGCAUUCUUGGGUUUAGAAACUUACCCAACUUGGUGAAAGCAAAUCUCCGUGCACUUCAUGUUCCUUUCACUAUUUUAUACAAUGCCCGGUUUCUACGCUUAGAUUGGGUAUGCAUAUAA